AACAUAUCAAAUCACUUGCAACGUACCAUCAUUCUCUCCUUUUGAAUAUUUUAUUAUUCACAAGAGAAAAAAAUGAAACACCCCUUAAAGUUCUUGUUUAUUUAACUUAGUGAAGGAGUAUUAGUAUUAUUAAAUAAUUGUUUUCUUACAUAUAUAUUUGGGAUUUUGAUUUUUGAAGACAGAUGGAGUUCUGGGCUUCAAGGGUUCACUCUGCCAAGAGCUUUUCUGCAGUUCACUCUGCUCACCUUAACAACUCAGAUGAUAUGGGAGAUGAUGAUAUGAGAGCUUGGUUUCCUUGCCCCUUCUGUUAUGUGGAUAUCGAGGUUCAGGCAAUUUGUGUCCAUCUACAAGAAGAACACUGCUUUGACCUAAGAAACGCGGUUUGUCCGAUUUGUGCUGCAAAUCUGGGGAAAGAUGCCACAGCACAUUUCACAACUCAGCAUGCUCAUUUGGUUGAGCGGAGAAGAAAGUCCCAAAAAUCGGGUUCAUGGAGUAACAAUUCAAUGGGGCCUAGCAAGAACAUGCGAGAAAUGAACUCAUAUUAUAGUCAACAACAGAUGAAUGGUAGAGGUCAUAUGCAUGAAAGUGUACCUGAUCCGCUCCUCUCACCAUUUCUGUGCACUAUACCUUUGCCUGAUCAAGAAACUAAGGUAGAGGUAGAUGCAGAUAUAUCCCGCACUUCUGAAUUAACCACCUCUGAGGCUACAAGCACUAAGUCCGCUGUAUUAGAUGAAGCUCAAGAACAGGAUUACAGAGAGCGGACACAGCGUGCUGCAUUCACUCAGCAGUUGAUCUUGUCCACCAUAUUUUAGUCUGUCCGACACCCUCUGCAGAAUGUUUCCAGAUUUGUGCCCGAGUCUGAAUUUUACUUCAUAAUCUUCAGUCACUUUCCUGCUGCACAUUACCUCGAGAUGCAUCAACGUUCAUCGAUUUCCCUAUGAAGCAGCCAUAUAAUGUCUGUUAAAAUCAACAACAAUGUAUAUCUACAAAGUCCAAAGUAGUAUCAUGCAUCUAAUCUUCGAAUGCUCUUGUAAUUCCUAGUCUUACUAUAGUAAUACUCUAAUUCCAAAGUCUCUCCACUCUCCAGUGAUGUAUGAAUGCAGCUGUUUCUAUAUAGCUUAAAGAUGAAUUAGCCUC